AUGGAAGGCUUAUUAAUUCCCGUGGUAGCCGCUUUCAUUAGCAUCACUGCAACACUGGUGCAUGGCACACCACCCAGCGCAGGUAGCUUCCCCACUAGUGGCAGUCCAUCUGGGCCAUGUCCACCUCCUAAUUUCGGCAACUUGACAUCGCUCAACCUCGCUGCAUACAUCUCAGCACCUUGGUAUGUACAAAAAAUGAUUCCGCUCGAUUACCAGCCUGUGGAUGAGGCGUAUUGUGUACGAGCGGAGUACACGCUUCUGGAUCCAAGGAACGUCUCGGGAGGUCUCAUUGUGUACAACUCUGCCAACAAGGGCGGCGUCAACGGGCCGAGCGUGGGGACCUCCAAGAACGGCAGUCUGGGAGGAUCACGGCUGAUAGCAGUCCCGACCACGUUCAAGGCCAAGGGAAGAGACGGCAAGCUACUUGUCGGUCCGGAGUUGCUGCAGCAGCUGCUGCCUGGGGACGCCUGGAGAGCCGCAUUCGGGCCCUACUGGAUUGUGGCAGUGGGCUACUCUCAGAAUAUUAGCCUGAGGUACGAGUGGGCCAUCAUCAGCGGGGGCCCACCCACAUUCACAAGCCCUAGCGGCGACGGCUGCAGCUCAGUUCCAUACAGUACGACACCAGCUGCUGUGCCGAGGGCGGCGACGGCGGGGGGUUGGCCGAGUACCCGCGGCGGUGAUGGUGCAAGUGGUGGUGGUGGUGGUGGUAACCCGUUCGGGCAGUUGGCGUCCGUCGAUAAGGGAGGUCUCUGGUUCUUUACCCGUAAGACUGAAGACCCGGGAUCACUCGCGCGGAUGGAGGUGCGCGCAAAAGCUCUGGGGCUUGAUACCAGCCGGAUGAUACCCGUGCAGCAGAGGGGCUGUCUGUACCCGUAACCGCCACCAACGACGACACCACGGUGCCGAUGUCCUGGGGCGUAAGGAAAUGGCGGAAAUCUCUAAUUGAGAUCGCGCGAACGAGCGAGCGAAUGGAAAAAUUCAGAACGGUUACAUUUGAGGAAGCGGGGAAGAAACGAGAUCUGUGGUGGUGCUUGCACCAUAUACUCACAACGAUGCCAAAGUAAGAGUCCGCUUGCAUCUCGAGAGGGAGAGAGUUGAUGAGAGUGCUGUGUUGAGCAGUUUCAUAUGGGAAAUUGCAAUAGCAGCAGCUGAAGUGUGAGUUCACCUUGAUUCUGGUGCUAAUGUUUGUUUCCUCUUUCCGGGGCGCUGGUAGAUAAGGUGAAAUUCGGUGGUGGUGACGGGGACUGUAUAUUUGGCAAGGAAUUCAACUGGUCAAGAGGGAAGAGAGCGCGCGAAUAGGCUGGCCAGGUGAAGUGGGGCCAGAUAGCCCAGAGGUGGUGUGGCGGCUCGUGCGGCUCUCGCUUAGUUCGGUUCCCGUCUUCUGCGCCGCUGUGUUGCCUAGCCAGGGGCUGGGAGAGCGCCCCGGUUGGCGUGAGUGAGGGAGUGAGGCGCGCGCGGAGGAACAGACGGACGUAUAGCCGCGCGCCUGCCCCUGCGCUGUGUUUCGGCCCGGUCAGGGCCCCCGGUGCUCGUCCUUUCUCGGGACGCGCCGCCCACAGUGUAACACCCCAUCAACUCC